AUGUCGCGCCAUCUCCACCAUAUUGCAGUUCUACUAUCAUUAUGGCUCGUUUUGAUAAAUUCAGCCCUCGGCGCCAAGUUGAAGGGAGAUGGCGGGUGCAACCGAUUUCUGUGUGUCAAUGCGACCGUCCAUGAUAAUUCAAUAACAUACCAAAUGACACCUUUACGAGGCCCCGCUGGCUGGUUGUCUCUCGGUUUUGGACGUAGGAUGGCCAACAGCCAUGUGGUCAUACUCUGGGAGAAUGAUGACGGAACGACGACCAUAUCUACGCGAUUUGCAACGAAUCACUCUGAGCCCGUGUAUGAACCAAACCCCGCACGCACAGUUUGGCAACCCGAACUUAAACCGGCUAAUUGGCAUCCACACGCCAACACCUCUAUGAGUUUCGAGAUACAGCGCUAUCAUGGACAGAUACAAGGCAUGGGAUCUGACCCAUUAUUGACGGACCACAUAUGGGCUUUCUCGUAUUUCCGCCCAAACUCUUCGGCUCCUGACGUUCAUAUGCUGCAACACUAUGUUGCAGGCCGUCUUGUUCUUGAUUUAAACAAGGACCUGGUUCAGCAUGUACACCAUGAAUCUGAUAUUGGAUCGGAUGAGCCUUCUAGACCCGUUGUCGAGUCGACGGAGCCAGCGAUCCCAUAUACAACACACGAAUUGCUCGUACUGGGACAUGGAAUUUUAGCCAGUAUUGGUUUCCUUGUUCUCCUUCCUAUCGGUUCGCUGGCGGCGAGAUGGACCAGGACCAUCACUCCAAAAUGGUUCAAAGUCCAUCACAUCUCGAAUUAUUUGCUCGGUCUGCCCGUCAUCUCUAUUGGUUGGUUUCUCGGCCCUCUUGCAGUGUUCGAUGCACAGGCCACGCAUUUUCUCGAUGCCCACCAGAUAUGUGGACUCCUUCUUUUUGGUCUUUAUCUCCUUCAGAUAUUACUUGGUCGCUAUAUCCACGCAAAGCGAAAGCUUCCAGGUCGAUCUGCCCAUCCACCGUCUAACAUCUUACAUGCUUGUUUUGGGCUGACUGUCAUUGGGCUUGCCUUCUUCCAGGUCCGAAGCGGAAUGGACGAAUGGGAAAGAGUAACUGGACGUCCAAGUGUAGCACACUGGUGUCAUAUAGCCUUGAAAGCAUGGGCAGUGAUCCUACCCAUUACUUACUUCAUUGGCCUUUGCCUCCUUCGACGCCAAUUUCAUCAAGAGCAACAAGGAAUCGGUCCCGCAAGGGGCAGCAAUUACAUUUCUCUAGCCUCGCCAUCAUCGGAUAGUCCCAAUACCUCCAAUACUGCAUUUGAACUCGGAGACGACAUCGAAGACGAAUACGAGAAUGCUUCCACCAAAGAAAUAGAGACAAGAGUUCCUUUACUUCAUGUUAAACAAUAA